UAUGAUUGCUGAAGAAAAUGGCCAUGCUAACACACCUCAGAAAGGACUGUUAACUGAAGAUGCCACUGUAGCUUCUGGGGUAUUUGAGACAGUCUCAAAAUCUACUCUUUCACCCCAAGUAGUGCAGGUUUCGGAAGAGCAGAAUAUGGUGCCUACUCCAAUAAAAAAGUCAAGCAAGACAAAACCCCAAAUAGAUGUGAAAGCAGAGUUGGAGAAGAGACAAGGAGGAAAGCAACUGCUGAAUUUGGUGGUAAUAGGACAUGUUGAUGCAGGUAAAAGUACUUUAAUGGGUCAUCUGCUCUACCUUUUGGGAAAUGUGAACAAAAGAACUAUGCACAAAUAUGAACAGGAAUCUAAGAAGGCUGGUAAAGCUUCGUUUGCCUAUGCAUGGGUCUUGGAUGAAACUGGUGAAGAGAGAGAAAGGGGAGUGACAAUGGAUGUGGGUAUGACCAAAUUCGAGACAAAGACUAAAGUAAUUACACUGAUGGAUGCUCCAGGCCACAAAGACUUCAUUCCAAAUAUGAUCACAGGAGCUGCACAGGCUGAUGUGGCAAUUUUGGUUGUGGAUGCUAGUAGAGGGGAGUUUGAAGCAGGGUUUGAGACGGGUGGACAAACUCGAGAACAUGGAUUGUUAGUGCGUUCUCUUGGAGUGACACAGCUAGCUGUUGCAGUCAAUAAAAUGGACCAG